AUGCAUGUUCAUCACACUGAGGAGAAGGUUCUUCACUCUGAAGACAAGGUUCCUCACUCUCUGGACAAGGUUCCUCACUCUGAAGACAAGGUUCCUCACACUGAGGACAAGGUUCCUCACACUGAGGACAAGGUUCCUCACUCUGAGAACAAGGUUCGUCACCCGGAGGACAAGGUUCCUCACUCUGAGGACAAGGGUCAUAACACUGAAGACAAGGUUCCUCACCCUGAGAACAAGGUUCCUCACUCUGAGGAGAAGGUUGCCCACUCUGAGUACAAGGGUCUUCACGCCGAGGACAAGGUUCCUUACACUGAGGACAAGGUUCCUCACUCUGAGAACAAGGUUCUUCACUCUGAGGACAAGGUUCCUCACACUGAGGACAAGGUUCCUCACUCUGAAGACAACGUUCCGCACUCUGAUGGCAGGUUCCCCAGACUGCGGACAAGGUUCCUCGCUCUGAGGACAAGGUUCCUCACUCGGAGGACAAGGUUCCUCACUCUGAAGUCAGGUGCCUCACUCUGAAGACAAUGUUCCUCACUGUGAGAACAAGGAUCCUCACUCUGAGGUAAAGGUUCCUCACACUGAGGACAAGGCUCCUCAUACUAAGGACAAGGUUCCUCACUCUGAGGACAAGGUUCCUCACUCUGAGGACAAGGUUCCUCACUCUGAGGACAAGGGUCGUCACUCUGAAGACAAGGUUUUCAUUAUAAGUCAAGGUUUCUCACUCUGAGCACAAGGUUCCUCACUCUGAGGACAAGGUUCCUCAAUGUGAGGACAAGGUUCCUCACACUGAGGACAAGAUUCCUCACUCUGAAGUCAGGUUCCUCACUCUAAGGACAAGAUUCCUCAAUCUGACGAAAGGUUUCUCACUCUGA